GCCACGGAGCCAGGGACAACUAACCGGGAUUUUCAGACACUCUGCAACCCGGUAUCAGUUAUUCGUCUUGGCUAGAUGGUUGGAGGAUGCCCACAGGUGAAAGACUUUUAGAUAUUGCAUGCAACGUUUGUGGAGAUCGAAGUUCCGGAAAGCAUUAUGGCAUUUAUAGUUGCGACGGCUGCUCGGGAUUUUUUAAAAGAAGUAUACACAGUAAUCGCGAUUAUUCAUGCAAAGCUCAUGGUUCUAAACAAGGCUGCUGUCCAAUUGAUAAAACUCAUCGGAAUCAGUGUCGAGCUUGUCGUCUUAAGAAGUGUUUUGAAGCUGGAAUGAAUAAAGACGCAGUACAACACGAGCGAGGACCCAGAAAGCCAAAGCCUCAUCCCUCAAUAAUGUCAGACAAGCAUCAUCAGCAAUCAGCGAUGGUAUCUCCAUUGUCAUCACAUUCCGGAACUCCAGUCCAUCAUGACGCAAGAGUUGAUUUAAAUACAGCGCACUUGCUGUCGCAUCAUAGCUCAGUAGUUAAUCCACUGCAGUCAAUCGGUACUACUGGACAUCAUGAUCGUACUCGACGUGAUCGUACUUCUCAUCUAUUUCCUAUCCAUAGUGAAAAUCCUCUUAGGAGAUUAAGGUACGUACCGUAUCCACAAGUGGCAUCACUGAUGCAAAAACCACCACCAAAUGAUGCCACAUCUCCGGUAUCAUUUCCUCUACAAUUACCGCCACCUAAUCCGAGUCUUUACCAUUCGGCGACGGUGGCAUUGGGACAGCAGCCUCCGCUAUUUCAAAUACUGAUGUCCGCUGAAAAAUGCCAGGAGUUUGUAUGGGGGACUCGAUUGCAGCCGGACGAGUCACUUGAUCGAUUGGAGACCGAGGCGAGCCACAGUCCCACCAGACCGUUGUCUAAUUUUAGUCCAACAUGGGAAAUUCUUCAGGAAACAACAGCAAGACUUUUAUUCAUGGCAGUAAAAUGGGUACGAUGUCUUGUACCCUUUCAGACGUUAUUUAAAGAAGACCAACUGGUUUUGCUGCAGCAAACGUGGACACAAUUGUUCCUUUUACAUCUGGCUCAAUGGUCAGUAUCCUGGGAUAUUACGGCAUUACUUGAUGAUGAACAAGUUCGCAGAAGAUUACCUGAUGAAUCUUCUCGACAAGAACUCAUUACUAUACAAGACAUUUUGUCGCGUUUUCGUCAAUUAUCGCCAGACGGAGCUGAAUGUGGUUGUAUGAAAGCCAUAGUUUUAUUUAGGCCAGAAACUAAAGGACUUACGGAUCCGAAACCAGUCGAAAUGCUUCAAGAUCAAGCCCAGUGUAUCUUGAAUGACUACAUACGAUCACGUUAUCCCCGACAACCAGAACGGUUUGGUAGAUUUUUAUUAUCUCUACCCAUGUUACAUGUUGUUAAACCAACGACUGUUGAGUUAUUGUUUUUCCGUGAGACUAUUGGUGAAAUACCAAUCGCACGUCUACUUGGUGAUAUGUAUCAGAUGGAACAUCAUUCAGAAGAUUAUAAACAGGAACCAGACUUCAAUAUGAUAAAUCUACAAAAAACUGCAGAUUUAAAGAAGUAAAAAAAUAUAUAUUAAUAAUUGAGCUUCAUAAAUUUAAUUGUCUAGUGAAAAUAAAAAAUUUUAAUUAAAUUUAUGAGGCGACUUUUUUAAAUAAAAUUUAUAUGCAAUAAUUUUCUUUAUGUAUAAAAUUGAAAAGAAAAAAAAACCUCUUUAAAUUAAUUGAUAAUUAUAAAAAAAAACUAAAUCUAGUCAGUGGAUCUUUGUGACUACCAUGUAAGUAACAUAAUUUUGUAAGUAGCGCUAUUGUAAAUUAUAAAGUUAAGUGUAAAAUUUAAUAUGUAUGUAUUUGUCAAGAUACGUUACUUAAAAU